AUGGCCAGCGGCAGGGUCGUGUUCAGCCUGUCGGUGCUCACCGAGCGCUGCCUGCAGGAUGAGGGGGACGUUCUGGCCGAGCUCUUCUGCAACCUCAAGGGCCUGAUGGACCAAGAUGCCACCUGCCGCGGCAUCGCGCAUGGCGGCGCCGAAGGAGGCGGCGACGACGGGAACGCGGAAGACGGCGGCGACGCGGAAGGCGGCGGCGGCGGCGGCGGCGAAAGCGCGGACGUGCCGCAGCAUGGCGGCGCGGCUGCAGCAGCAGCCGCGGGAAAGGCGCACCAGCGGCGGUCGUCGACGGCUGCUUUGGCUGGCGCGGAGGGGACGCCGGGCGUUGCCUCGAAGCCAGGCAAAGGCCUUGUCGUUUUCAGCACCAACGGCCGCAAGCCGCCCGGCGGCGGCGGCAGCACGCGUGGCAAGGGCGGCGGCGGCAGCAGCAAGGGCAGCAGCGCGCGUGGCGGUCGCAGCGGUCGUGGAGGCUCGGCCCCGCGCGGCCGGGGCGGGCGCAGCGGCGCGAAGGGCGGCGGCAAGCGGCGGAGGCGCAGCAGCCGCAGCGUGAGCGAUGACGAGGACAGCGGCGAGGACGCCGGCGCGGCGCUGUGCAGCGAUGAUGAAGAGUAUGAGCCGGCCAAGCAGCUUUUUUAA